AUGCUGCUAGCAAUUUUCAUUACCAUCUGCAUUUAUCAAUUAUUCAACAUUUUUGAUAAGAGGAAGGGAACCAAGCGUCGUAGUAUAUUGAAGAAAGGUGAAUUUUUGCAAUUUCCAUUAGUGGAAAAGACUGUUCUAACGCACAGCACUGCUAUUUAUAGAUUUGGCCUACCAGAUGAGAAUGAUAUUCUUGGAUUACCCAUUGGAUUACAUAUUUCAAUCAAGGCAAAGAUCGAUGGUAAAGAUAUCUGUAGGUCAUAUACACCAAUUUCGUUAGAUGAAGAGGUGCAUGGCUAUUUCGAAUUGCUAGUUAAAUCAUAUGAAAAUGGUAACAUUUCUAAGAUGAUUGGUGAGUUACAAAUCGGAGAUACUAUUAAUGUUACUGGACCAUUAGGUUCCUACGAUUAUGAACCAAAUUGUCGUACUAAGAUUGGUAUGAUUGCCGGUGGGACUGGUAUCGCACCAAUGUAUCAGGUAAUGAAGGCGAUUGCAAACAAUCCACAUGAUUUUACCGAAGUUUCAUUAAUUUACGGUAACGUUACUGAAGAAGAUAUUUUAAUGAAAAUGGAAAUUGAUGAGAUAGUUUCCUCGAGACCAGACCAAUUUUCUGUUUACUAUCUUUUAGAUAAAGUUGAUCGGGACGAUUGGGAAGGUGGAGUUGGUUACAUUACUCAAGAUUUAAUGGAAAAGUUGUUACCAUCACCACAUGAAAAUGGAGUUCAGUUAUUACUCUGUGGACCUCCAAGAAUGGUUUCUUCGAGCAAAAAAAUGGCUGUUGCACUUGGUUACCAGAAGUCCAAGCCUGUCUCCAGAAUGGAAGACCAAAUCUUCAUUUUCUAA